ANAAGAUGGAGUGGAGAAAGUGUUAUUUAGAUGUGAUACUUGUGCCAUUGGGUUUAUUAAUAUGCAUGGUAUAUCACGGGUGGCUAUGGCAUAAGGUGCGGACUCAGCCACUGUCAACCAUCAUCGGAACUAAUGCACACGGCCGCCGUUUUUGGGUGGCCGCCAUCAUGAAGGACAACGAGAAGAAGAACAUUCUAGCAGUCCAAACCCUUCGGAACACGAUAAUGGGUUCGACCCUUAUGGCAACGACCUCAAUACUCCUGUGCUCCGGGCUAGCGGCCGUCAUAAGCAGCACUUACAGCGUGAAGAAGCCACUGAACGACGCAGCACUGUACGGGGCCCACGGGGAGUUCAUGGUGGCCCUCAAGUACGUCUCCAUUCUCACAAUCUUCCUAUUCUCCUUCCUCUGCCACUCUCUCUCCAUCCGCUUUACGAAUCAGGUGAACUUCCUCAUCAACUGCCCACCCGACCCAAUCAUCGUCUCACCCGAUUACGUGUCACACCUUCUCGAGCGCGGCUUUGCCCUAAACACCAUUGGGAACCGACUUUUCUACGCUGCGCUGCCACUAUUGCUGUGGAUAUUUGGCCCUGUCCUCGUCUUCCUCUGCUUCGUAACGUUGGUCCCCGUGCUUUAUAAUUUGGACAUUGUGUUUGCUUCUGAUCAGGGCAAAUCAGGUCCUGGUGGAGAUCAAUUUAUGAUUUAAUUUUCGUCUUAAUAUAUAUAUAUGCACAUAUUGUUUGAUUAAAUAUGGAAUGUUAAUUGCACUGCAUCUUUUUCGUUCAUUUCCCCUUAAAACAAUAAACAUGGUAUAUUGGAAUGAAAUUUGAUAGAAAUGGAAUGAGUAAGAAUGUAAUGAAUAUGGGAAUGGAAUGGAAUCAGCUUUUCCAUUGAUGUGUUUGGAAUGCAGAAUGAAUUAGACAUGAAUGGAAUGACAAUACCAUUCUAUAUUAUCA